ACUGUCACCUGCGCUGUGCGAGGCCAACUCGUAAUGCUUCUUUUAGUGCCUAGUUUAGGCAUUCGCAGCAUCAUCAGCAACGGGAACCUCCCUCUUCGGAACACCCGACUCCGCUCAGAUCAGCUGAUCAGUCGCCACAGCUCGAACUUUGCCGUCCGCCACCGGUACAGGAUGCACACCGCUUACUUCCGCCAGCUGCCCGACGAGGAGCAGUGCGCGAUCAGCUUCCGGGUAGCGAACGAGCGGUACCGAAUCGACAAGGUGUUCAACUUUAGCCGGAACGUAACGGAGAAUGUGGACGCGAGUUUGGAGCGGAUGCGGGCCAACAUCGAGAAGGAGGUGCGGAAAAGGGGGUCUGCUGGGAAGGGUGCGAAGAAAAAGGGGAAGGCAGCGCCGGUGGAAGGUGCUGGGGAGGGACUCGGGGAAGCGUUGCCGGAUGUCCGGGUGAGAUUCUUUGACGUUGAGAAGAAUGAGGAUGUGAGGGAUGUGGCGUUUGCGGAGUUGCUGAGUAAGGUGCGGGACGAGCGGGAGAUUUUGCUGAAGGUGCUGGAUGACGACUUCCGGAUCGAUUUGAACUCGCCGACUGUGCUGGCGGUCAGUUUACCUCAGUCGAUUCUGGCGGGGUUCUUCGUGUAUCCGUCCAAGUUGGAGAUGGUGUUUACGGAUAAGGAGCGGUCGGAGUUCCUGUGGUAUCGAGGAAAGAUGCCAAAGUCGAACAAUGCCCAGCAGAUUGAGUGGGUUCUGGCGGGGACCGGAUAUUCGUACAUGGCUAAACCGGAUGACGUGGGACACCACUUGAAGUUCAGUUGUGUGCCUAAGAACGAGCUGAAGGUUGGUCCUUUGACGGAGGUCAUUUCUGGCACGCAAGUGCAGGCAGGUCCGGGUCAGUGUCCAUUUGAGGUUCGUCACCUGUUCACGCAGAACAAACUGACCAACCAGUACCAGUUCCGAGUGGUGACGUACAACAUUCUGGCCGACCUGUACGCCGACAGCGACUACAGCCGAACGGAACUGUUUGGGUAUUGUCCAAACUACGCGUUGCACAUCGACUACCGGAAGCAGCUAUUCAUCAAGGAAAUUCUCGGCUACAACGCGGACAUCGUCUGCCUGCAGGAAGUUGACGGGAAGGUGUACGACCUGGACCUGCUGCCGGUGUUCCGGGUGAAGAAUUUCGACGGCCACUACAAAGCCAAGGGCAAAACGGCCGAAGGACUGGCCACAUUCUUCGACUGCAAUCGAUUUGAAGUCCUCGAUCGGCAGGGCAUCACGUUCGGCGAGAACCUUGAAACGCUGGAACCCUUCCAAGGCCUGUGGAACCAGAUCAAAUCGAACGAAAAGCUCGCGAGUCGAAUCAAAGACCGUUCCACCGCCAUCCAGGCGACCUUGCUGCGUUCGCGCCAAAACCCCGCCAAACAUCUGCUCGUAGCCAACACACACUUUUACUUCCACCCUGACGCCGACCACAUCCGCCUGCUCCAGGGAGGGCUCUCGAUGCUGUACGUGCGGGAUCUGUACGAGCGAUUCGAGUCCCAGUACGGCCUGGACCGGAACCACUUUGCGAUCGUGUUCUGCGGUGACUUCAACAGCACCCCCGAGUGUGGAAUGUUCCGCCUGAUGACGCAGCGCUUCGUCGGCACGGAAAUGGCCGAUUGGCAGAGCAACGAGGAGGAAGCGGUCCGCGGGGUCAGUCUGGCGCAACCGUUUCCCUUCCAGUCGGCGUGUGGAACGCCCAAGUACACCAACUUUACGGUGGGCUUCAAGGCGUGCAUCGAUUACAUCUACUACCAGUGUGACGCACUGCGGGUGAACGACGUGGUGCCGCUGCCCAGUGAGGACGAACUGGCCGCGUACGAUGCCAUUCCGUCGCCGGUCUUCCCGUCGGACCACGUGGCGCUGGUGGCCAGCCUCGAGUGGAACCACAAGUCGGGAUGAUAGGAUGGUGGCCGUGUUGUGUAUAGAAUGACGUUGUGCAUGAUAAAUAAUAAUCAAAAGUGUAUAGUAAAA